AUGUCGGUGAAUAGACCGCUAGUUAUAACCCACGGAGGGAUUGAGACCACCAUCUUGACCCCUCCAACUAAUUACCUCCUGUACCAACAAUUGACCACAGAUUUCUACAAGUCCCUUCCAGAGGUUACCGAAGGAUACGCUGGCGAUGACGAGCCAGCGUCCAAGGCUGAACUGCUGAUGAUGUUCUUGGGAUACAUCGUCAGAUCUAAUGUUCUGGAGUCGGAGAAAUUAGACGCGAUCAAGCUUGUCAUUGACGAGUUCGACACCAGAUUCCUGCUCAACAAAGAUAUCCACUCUUUCGCAGCCGAGUGUCUCGCGUCUGAGACCAAUCCAACAACCUUAGAAAAGGUCAAGAACCACAUCUUGAAAAACUACUACUCUGGAAAGCUCUAUGUGGACAAGAAGUUUGGUCUGGAUCCUGCACCAGUCCAGUCUGCCCUGUUCAAGGCCGCCAAGGACAAAAAAGCCUCCAUCUACACGGUCUUCGGUGGCCAGGGAAACACCGACGACUACUUCGAGGAGCUUAGAGAGAUCUACGACGUGUAUAACCCACUUGUGGCGCCAUUCCUGUACACCGUGCAGUCAAAGCUGCAAUCUCUUAUAUCUUCCACCUCCGACAUCGACAGAAUUUUCACGCAUGGUUUCGACCUCAUCAACUGGCUCGAGAAACCAGAACAGACUCCAAACACAGAACACCUUCUGUCGAUUCCUGUGUCAUGUCCGUUAAUUUGCGUGAUUCAGCUGUGCCACUUCGCCAUCACGUGCAGACUUUUGGGUGUCACUCCUGGCCAGCUCAACGAGCUCACUAGCGGUACCACAGGUCACUCGCAGGGUCUUGCCACUGCAAUUGCCAUUGCCUCGGCCGACUCUUGGGAAUCCUUCGAGGUCCAGGCUCUGAAGGCCGUCGAGUUCCUUUUCUACCUUGGUGUCAGAUGUCUCCAAGCUUACCCAUCAACUUCGCUUGCACCAAGCACCGUCAAGGACUCGGAAGAAAAUGGGGAAGGUACUCCAGGCCCUAUGCUCUCCAUCAGAGAUCUCACCUACGAACAGGUCACCAAGUUUGUUGACGAGACCAACCAACAUCUGCCCGAGGCCAAGAAGAUUGGCAUCUCCUUGGUCAACGGUGCCAGAAACCUGGUUGUCACCGGUCCACCAGAAUCUCUAUACGGUCUCAAUUUGAACCUCAGAAAGGCCAAGGCACCUUCUGGGCUUGAGCAGUCCCGCGUUCCUUACAGCGAAAGAAAACUCAAAUUCUCCUCUAGAUUUUUGCCGAUUAUGUCUCCAUUCCACUCUCAUCUGCUUGCUCCAGCAUCUCCGAAAAUCAAAAAAGACCUUGAGAAGUCUAAUCUCGAAUUUAAUACUGCAGACCUGAAAAUGCCAGUCUAUGAUACCUACGACGGCUCGGAUCUCAGAAACUACACCGGAUCCAUCACUUCCAGACUGAUCGAGCUUAUCACUCUCCUGGCUGUGAACUGGGAGGUGGCCACCAAAUUUGAGGCCACUCACAUCAUUGACUUCGGUCCUGGUGGAGCUUCUGGCUUGGGAGUUCUCACCCACAGAAAUAAGGAGGGUACAGGAGCCAGAAUUAUUGUUGCCGGUGCUUUGAACGUUCCUGGCGAAGAUUCGGAGUUCGGCUACAAACAAGAGCUGUUUGAUAUCAACGCCUCCUCUCUAAUUUAUGCUCCAAAUUGGCUCCACAACUACCAGCCUAAACUGAUCAAGACGUCUGAAGGAAAAAUAUACGUCGAUACCAAAUUCUCCAGACUGCUAGGAAAAGCACCACUCAUGGUCCCUGGAAUGACGCCGAGUACCGUCUCGCCUGAUUUCGUUGCUGCCACAAUCAAGGCUGGCUACCACAUCGAAUUAGCGGGUGGUGGCUACUUUAACCCAGACAUGAUGACCAAAGCUUUGACCAAGAUCGCUGAAAACAUCACUCCAGGUUCCGGUAUCGGUGUCAACUUGAUUUAUGUCAGUCCUAAGAUGCUCCAAUGGGGUAUUCCUUUAAUUAGAGACCUCAGGGCUAAGGGCUUCCCAAUCCAGUCUUUGACCAUAGGUGCUGGUGUUCCUUCUCUUGAGGUUGCCACAGAGUACAUUGAGACUCUUGGAUUGACUCACCUGGGCUUGAAACCAGGUUCCGUGGACGCUAUCAGCCAGUGUAUCACUAUUGCCAAGGCACACCCUAACUUCCCAAUUGUGGUGCAAUGGACUGGUGGAAGAGGUGGUGGUCACCACUCUUUUGAGGAUUUCCACCAGCCAAUCCUGCAAAUGUACUCCAAGCUCAGAAAAUGUCCAAACAUCAUUCUGAUUGCCGGUUCUGGUUUCGGUUCUGCUGAGGAUACCUAUCCAUACCUGACUGGUGCUUGGGCUACGAAGUUCAAUUACCCACACAUGCCAUUUGAUGGUGUGCUGUUUGGUUCCAGAGUCAUGGUUGCCAAGGAGUGCAAGACCUCUCCUGCUGCCAAGAAGGCUAUUGCUGCCUGUACCGGUGUUGACGACAGCAAAUGGGAGCUGACUUACAAGAAGCCAGCAGGUGGUAUUCUGACUGUGAAGUCCGAGAUGGGUGAGCCAAUCCACAAGAUCGCCACGCGAGCCGUUAUUUUCUGGAAAGAGAUGGACGACACUAUUUUCUCUCUUCCUAAGGCCAAAAUGCUUGAAGCCUUGGAGAAAAAGAAGGACUACAUUAUCAAGAAACUCAAUGCCGACUUCCAAAAGCCAUGGUUUGGAAAGAACGACGAGGGUGUUUGCGACAUACAAGACAUGACUUACGAGCAGGUUGCCAAGAGAUGUGUGGAGCUGAUGUACGUGAGAAAGUCAAAGAGAUGGAUCGACGUGAGUUUGAGAAACUUCCUCGGCAAGUUCCUGAGAAGAGUCGAGGAACGUUUCGCUGGCAAGGAGACUUUCUCAUUGAUCCAGAGCUUUAGUAUUUUGGAGAACCCAGACUCCUGCUUGGAGACCGUCUUCAACGCAUAUCCUGAAGCCAAGAGCCAAUUGGUUAACGCUGAAGAUUGCGACUAUUUCAUUGCCAUGUGUUCUGAUCCAGGCCAGAAGCCGGUUCCGUUCGUCCCAGUGUUGGACGAGAGAUUCGAGGUGUUUUUCAAGAAAGACUCUCUCUGGCAAUCUGAGGAUCUCGAGGCUGUUGUUGACGAGGAUGUUCAAAGAACGUGUAUUUUGCAUGGUCCUGUUGCUGCUCAAUUCACCAACAAGGUGGACGAGCCAAUCAAGGAGAUUUUGGACAAUAUUCAUGAAGGUCACAUCAAGAAGCUCUUGGACGACGUUUAUGGUGGAAACGUUUCUAGAGUUCCUGUUGUUGAGUACUUCACUGAUAAGAGCACUGCGAAGAUCGACUCUGUUCCAGGUGUGCAAGUCACCAAGACUGCUGAUGCUGUGACAUACUCUAUUGGCUCUACUUUGCCAGAGACCGAUGCUUGGUUCAAGCUUCUAGCUGGCUCUGAGCUGAACUGGAGACACGCAUUUGUUACUGCUGACAGAUGCGUCCAGGGCUACAACCACGUUGAGAAUCCAGCCAAGAAGGUUCUGGCUCCAGCUCAGAACAUCUCUGUCAGAAUUCAGUAUCCAGACGACGUCUCGAAGACCGUCAUUUCCCUGUUCGACUCCAUCAAAGGCAAAGACAAGGAAGUUGUCAGAAUUUCUGCUGAUGGCAACUCCAUCAAGAUGGAUCUGAUUGAACACAGAACGGCUGACGGAACUCCUGUUCCAUUGGAGUUGCUUUACAUAUACAAGAAGUCUGACGGAUUUGCUCCAAUUCAGGAAGUCAUGGAUAGCAGAAAUGACAGAAUCAAGAAAUUCUACUGGAAAUUGUGGUUCGGUUCCAAGGUUCCUGUUGAGCUGGACUUCGAUGCAACCUCCACGAUCGAUGGUGGUUCCACGGAAAUCACUCAACAGGCCAUCGCCGAACUGACACAUGCUGUUGGAAACUCUUGUGAAUACUUCGUUCCAAGAGUCGGCAGAGACCAAUUGGCUCCUAUGGACUUUGCUAUUGUCAUUGGAUGGAGAGCCAUCAUGAAAGCAAUCUUCCCUAAGUCUGUCGACGGUGACAUUUUGAAGCUUGUUCACCUGUCCAACGCGUAUAGAAUGAUGCCAGGCGCCGAACCAUUGAGAGUUGGUGACAAGGUCUCUUCUGACGCCCAGAUCGUCUCUGUGGUCAACAGUGCAACCGGUAAGACUGUUGAGGUUCUUGGUACUAUUUACAGAGAUGGCAAGGCUAUCAUGGAGGUCACCUCUGCCUUCUUCUACAGAGGCGUUUACACGGACUUCGAGAACACCUUCCAGAAGACUACCGAGACUCCGAUGGAGGUCAAUCUGAAAACCGCUAUGGACGUUGCUGUUUUGCAAUCCAAGGAGUGGUUCCAUCUAGGCUCUGAGCCAAUUGAUCUGAUCGGCAAGACUUUGACCUUCAGAUGCAAAUCCGUCUACUACUUCAAGAACCAGAACGUUUACUCUUCGGUCAGAACCACUGGUGCCGUGUUUUACGAGAUGCCAUCGAAGGAAAUCAAACAAGUCGCCGAGAUCAACUACAAGGCUGGUGUUUCGCACGGUAACCCUGUGGUUGACUACUUGAGCAGGAAUGGAGUGCCAAUCGAGCAGCCAGUUCAGCUGGAGCACGCCGUUCCUCUGUCUGGUGCACUUGUCACUAAGGCUCCAGGUUCCAACGAGACUUACGCUGCCGUUUCUGGUGAUUACAACCCUAUCCACGUCUCAAGAGUCUUUGCUUCCUAUGCAAGCUUGCCAGGCACCAUCACCCACGGUAUGUUUUCCUCUGCUUCUGUCAGAUCUCUUGUCGAAAUGCAUGCCGCCAACGGUGUCGCUCCAAGAGUGAGGGCCUACAAAGCCAACUUCGUUGGAAUGGUUUUGCCAAACGACGAGCUUACAACUCAGUUGGAGCACGUUGCCAUGAUCAACGGAAGAAAGAUCAUCAAGAUCGAGACCAAGAAGGUCGAGACCGGCGACGUUGUGCUUUCUGGUGAGGCAGAAAUUGACCAACCGGUCUCCACCUUCGUCUUUACCGGUCAAGGUUCUCAGGAACAGGGUAUGGGUAUGGACUUGUACAACUCGUCUGAGGUUGCCAAGAACGUUUGGGAUAGAGCCGACAGACACUUUAUUGACAACUACGGAUUCUCGAUCUUGGACAUUGUCAAGAACAACCCUAACGAGCUGACGGUCUACUUUGGUGGUCCAAAGGGAAGAAAGAUCAGAGAGAACUACAUCACGAUGAUGUUUGAAACCAUCGAUGAGGAUGGAAAGCUUAAGUCGGAGAAGAUUUUCAAGGACAUUGACGAGAACACCACCACUUAUACUUUCAAGUCGCCAACGGGAUUGCUUUCUGCUACGCAGUUCACCCAGCCAGCUCUUACUCUUAUGGAGAAGGCUACAUUCGAGGACAUGAAGUCCAAGGGAUUGGUGCCUAGCGAGUCCAUGUUUGCCGGUCACUCUCUUGGUGAGUACUCGGCUUUGUCAUCUCUGGCAGACGUUAUGCCAAUCGAGUCCCUGGUCGAUGUGGUGUUCUACAGAGGUAUGACCAUGCAGGUUGCUGUUCCAAGGGACAGCUUAGGAAGAUCGAACUACGGUAUGUGCGCUGUUAACCCAUCCAGAGUCUCUCCUACGUUCAACGAUUCUGCCCUGAGAUUCGUUGUCGAGCAUAUCAGCAAGCAAACCGGCUGGUUGUUGGAGAUCGUCAACUUCAACGUGGAGAACCAGCAAUACGUUGCUGCCGGUGAUCUGAGAGCUCUGGACACUUUGAGCAACACGUUGAACGUGUUCAAGAUCCAGAAGAUCGACAUUGUCAAGUUGCAGGAGACAAUGUCGCUCGAGAAGGUCGCCGAGCACCUGAGUGAGAUCGUGGACGAAGUUUCCAAGAAGUCUUUGGCCAAGCCACAGCCAGUCGACCUGGAAAGGGGAUACGCCUGUAUCCCAUUGAAGGGCAUUUCUGUUCCGUUCCACUCCUCUUACCUGAGAUCUGGUGUCAAGCCAUUCCAGAGAUUCUUGGUGAAGAAGAUUCCAAAGUCUGCUGUGAAGCCAGCCAGCUUGAUUGGCAAGUACAUUCCAAACCUGACCGCCAAACCAUUUGAGUUGACGAAAGAGUACUUUGAAAAUGUCUACGAACUGACUGGGUCUGAGAAGAUCAAGGCUAUUCUGGACAACUGGGAGCAUUACGAGUCAGCAUAA